GCUAACCCAGACGAUGAUGUAUGCAAGAGCGGCAACAAAGGGUUUGGUUAAUGUGAAAAUUUUGAGGAUGACGAGUAACAGCAGCAACCAAGAUGCCAUAUUCAAGCACAAGAGAAUGCUUCGAACUCAGGUCAGAAAGGCUCUUAAGGCCAUGGACCCUUCCCUCAGAUCUCAACAAGAUAAUGCUAUUCAAAAUAUAAUUUUGGGAUCUCCGUGGUUCAGAUCUAGUCUUAGAUUAUGCGCAUAUAUAAGUUGCAGUGCUUUACGAGAAGUCGAUACGUUCAAACUAUUGUCAGAAAUUUUGCAAAAUCCAGCAAGUGGUGGGAAAAAAAUUUAUGUACCACGUGUGGAGGAUAAAAAUAGUCAUAUGCGUAUGCUCAACAUAUCGCGUAUUGAUGAUCUUGUUGCAAACUCGAUGGACAUCUUAGAACCAGCUCCAGUUGAUGCUGAUGGAAAUGCACGUGAAGAUGUUAUGCAGGCGAAUGAUCCAGUUGAUUUGUUCCUUUUACCUGGACUGGCAUUUGACAGAUCUGGAAGGCGUUUAGGCCGUGGUGGAGGUUACUAUGAUACCUUCCUGAAGAAUUACCAAGACCUUGCAAAGACACGGAACUGGAAGCAACCCUUACUUGUUGCUUUGUCAUAUUCCGAACAAAUACUGGAUGAAGGAGUAAUACCAAUUACUUCAUCUGAUAUUCCAGUUGAUGCUCUUGUGUCUCCAGCAGGUGUGAUUCCUAUCAGUACUGCUGCCUUAGACAGAAUCGAUCUCUAACACUGGACAUCAAAGCUGAACCUGAACAUUUUCAAUACUGUAUCUUCAAUCAAGUGUUGUGAUUCCUCAAGUGUACGGCACUAAAGGAUUUGGAUCUGGGGUUUUGUGUAACAAGGGGAACCAAUUCAUCAAGUGAUACUGAACUGCCAUGAAUGAUUGCAUCCAUUGUUGACCGAGUGGAAGUUUCAAUACUUUUUGGUCAUUCAUCUUAAUUCAGUAUUCUUUCUGUAAUGUUUGAACUGUGAAGUUUGAACUCAACUUUUUUAAAGCACACGAGCUUUAACUUCAUGCAUGGCUAAUUUAGUGUAGGUGUUGUUAUCGUGCUUAUUUUUGUUUGCUUUUGCCCUCAGGUUAUUGUGCUAGCGAAAUUUCCUAAGUAUGUUUCAGGUUUCAAAGCUUCGAAUUUUGUGUCCUCCUGCGUGGUCAAAUUUAGUCCUAUGAUAUGUACCAAGCAAUAAAAAUUAGUCCUGUGAUGGAAGGGAACAGA